AAAUUUUUCCGAAAAACGUUUCAAUUCUUAUAAAAAAUCGGAACAUUUAUUAGAAAUUCUGAAAAAAAUUUUUUUAAUUUUGUUUGAAAUAUCUACUUGGAGAAGUUCUAAUGAAUACUUUAAGAAGUUCUGAGGAAUUUCAACAAAUAAUUUUGUAUAAAUACUUUGAGAAGUUCUGAGGAAUUCGAAUCAUGGUACAUGUAACUUCCUACGUUAUUCUUAAAGCAUUCUUCUAUGAAUUCCUAAGGAAUUACUGUUCAGAAAAAAAGAAUACUUUAUAAAAUCUUUAAAAAGAAACUGUACUAUCUGGGAAUAUGUUACAUAUAUGACAUUAAAAAUCGAUAUAGUUUAUCUUUAUAUAAGAAGUUAAGAUUGGUUCAAAGAAUAAACAACUAUAUAAUCGACUGACUAGCUACCCAGCGAGAAACAAUAAUAAAUUCGACAUCAAUUCGACGUCGAAUUGACAUUAAAAUAAUGAUUUCGAUGUUGAAUCAAUGUCGAUUUAAUGUACUAUUUCUUACUGGGUAAAUUCCUUUAUUAAGUUAAACAAUUACGACAUUUUGAUCGUGGAAUUUAGUCCUUCUCAAGAAAUUACAAAUUAAUUAAUUGCGAGAUUACAAUCGUUAAAAAAUCCGUGACAGCGAAUUUGCAGAUCUAAAAUUAUAAAGAACAUAUAUAAAGUACGCCAUAAAAAGUCAUUCAUUUGGAUUUACGUGUCUCAUUGUCAGUCAAUGCUGAAACGAUGAAUAUAAUAAAGAUAAAUUAAAUUCAUUUAAACUUUGAACCGAGAAGUCACAAUAGGAUUAUAUUGUCGUCAAGCGUGUAUGAGCGCAAACAAGCGUCUGAAUAGUUCUGUACACUAUCGAAUUACAUUAUCGAAUGCUAGAAGUAAACAUUACGUGGAUUUUAUUACCGUGUUAUAGACACUGUUUAAAUUUUCAGCGUCUUUUUUUAAAUUUACGAUAUUAGGAUUCUUCUUUAUGAAGAACAUUUCGACAAUCACUAUUUUUCUUCUAUUAUUUUCGUAAUGUAAAAUGCAAGCAUCAUUUAACAAUGAACCACGAGUUCGAUUGGCAAUCCCCGUAUAUUUAAUCUUCUCUUAUCUCCCCUUCCCGUCUGCCAUUGCGUAUAACGACCUAAAAAUCUAUACAGAUCCGUGAAGCAAUUAUUUAGUAACCAUCUGUUCGAAUCAUGUCGCCGCUCUUAAUCGUAAUAUUUAUACUUCUUUUGGUGUAUAAACUAUACAGAUUUGCUUACGAUAAACCGCCUAACACACCUCCAGGUAUUAUAAGAGUUCCGAUAGGAGGAUCCUACUGGCUAUUGUUAUGGGGAAACUAUAAAUUCCCACAUUUGACCCUUGACUAUUAUGUCAAGAAAUUGAACUCGAAGAUUAUCAGCUGCUAUAUGGGUAGUGUCUUUGUAGUAAUAGUGAACGAUUAUGAAAGCAUAAAACAAGUACUCGGUCGAGAUGAAUUUGAUGGACGAGUUACGAAUGCGGAUUUUAUAAAAGAUAGAGCUUUCGGGAAAGAAUUAGGUAUUUUUUUUAUUGACGGUCCGAAAUGGCAUGAACAGAGGAGAUUUGCCCUUCGUCAUAUGCGCGACUUUGGAUUCGGUCGACGCCAGGAAAAGCUCGAGAGCGAAAUCAUGGAUGAGAUGUCCCUCCUCCUAGAUAUCAUGAAAAAUGGAUCCAUUUACGAUCAAGAAAAGGAAAUAUUAAAAGGUAACUUGGCGCUUUUCCCAGACAUCCUAUAUGCAUCAUCGGGUAACAAUAUAUGGAACAUUAUGUUCGGUCACAGAUUUGACAGAAGCGAACACGAUACACCCCGACGUCUGUGUCGUGCAGCUGUGAUGUUUCAACAGGCAAACGAUACAACCGGUGGUGCUAUUUUCCAGCGACCAUUCUUGAAAUACUUUGGUAAUAUGUUCGGUUAUAAAAAUCAUAUGAAGGCAAGCAAUACAAUGACGAAUAUCAUAAAAAAAUAUCUGGAAGAUCGGAAAAGUUUUCUCAGUGAGAAUGAUGACCAAGGAUUCGUCGACAGAUAUCUAAAAAAAUUGAACGAAGACAAGUCGGAUAGUUUCUCCGAAGAUCAAUUAAUCAUUUUGUUAAUUGAUAUGAUGUUUCCUGCUUUCUCCGCAAUACCAGGCGUUAUUACUCAUGUUAUUAAGUAUUUGAUGCACUAUCCCAGAGUAAUAGAAAAAGUAAGAAACGAGAUAGAUAGUGUCGUCGGAAUCGGACGACUGGCUACAUGGGACGAUAGAAAAAAUUUGCCCUAUUUGGAGGCGACAAUACGAGAAACGAUGAGAAUUGAAACGGUUACGCCUCUCGGUAUAACACACAGAAGCGUAAAAACAACUACAUUAGGAGGAUACGAGAUACCAAUAAACACACCAAUUUUUGCUAACUUGGCAGCGAUGCAUCACGAUCCUGACUUGUGGGGUGAUCCUGAAGUUUUUAGACCAGAAAGAUUUCUGAAGAAAGAUGGACAAUUAGCCAAAGAUAUUUCGCUCCCUUUUGGUUUUGGUCAUCGGUUGUGCACAGGAGAAACUUAUGCCAGAUACAACAUGUUUGGGACGUUGGCUCUUUUGUUACAGAAUUUUAAUUUUUUCUUCGUUAAAGGUGAACCAUCGAACCUCAAGGACAAAAUACCGGGCAUAACCGUCUUUCCCAAAGAGCUGUGGAUACGCUUUGAACCACGUUAAUAUUCGUUAUUUUUUAAACAAACAAGUAAUUGGCACGUCUCUAAUCAGUUCGAUACGCAAAUAACAAAUUAUUACGCAGUACCAAAUAUAGGUCAUAGAAUACAUGUGUAUGUUAAAAAUUAUCUUUAAUUUGAUAGAGAGAAAUUUUUGUUUGAUAAGAACAUAUGUGUUGAUAAGUCGCGUGUAAUGCACAAUUAUAUUAACUUUUAUCGUCUGCUCUUAGCUGCUAACAGAAUUGCGAAAUUAACUUAUGAGAUUUCGAAUGCGCAAUUAAUUAUUAACAACCAAUUUAAAAAGAAAAAACAAAGGGAUUUUCAAUGUCACAUCAUAUAUCUAAACAUUACAAAUUUAUUUCACAAAUAAAGAUGAAAGUGAUUACACUGUACCAUAUUAAUUACAAAAAAA